AUGGCAGACUUCGAACUCUGCCAAGAGCAGCAACAAGCACACUCCCAGAAUGCUCUGCCGAAUGGUCUUCCGGUACAUAAUUCUCCUCCCCUUGGGAAAGACCUUGAUCUCACCGGCGUACCCUAUUCUACUGCUCAGGCACUAAGUAAUGGUUAUAAGUCGCAGAAGCAGCAGCCGACUCUAUCAGAUGGGGCCACUGGUUUGCCAUCGCUGCAACAGGAUAUGGACAGCCGCGAAACCAGCAGUCUUCGCAGUUAA